CUUUAACUUUGACUGUGGGCUAAUCUCCAGGUCCGAUGCGACAUUAAUUAAGUGUGGGACUUACAUAAACCCGUAGUAAAGCUUAAUGUAUUUAACCAUAUUCACCAAGAAGCAGCUGCAGUAUGUGGAACAGCAACGCAUGCGCAUAUGGGCCUCAACGUUUUCCUAUGGAGCAGCCAAUCAGAAUGGCGCUUUGGAAACAUUUCUGAAAAUAUUACUUUGUUCAAAAAUAAAUAAAAAAGAAAGUAAUGUCAGGAGUAGAUCUGAAGUAAACAAAUGUAAUCUGAAAUAAAAGUCGGGUGAUAACAAAAAACUCAAUAGUUUAGUAUAGAACAAAAAAUAUACAGUAAAUACAGAGCUAUAUUGCCCUCUACUGGAAUAAAAAAUUCACUGCAGCCUGAGGCCUAACGAACUUGAGGAACUAAUAUGAAACCGAUUUAUUUUUAUUUCAGUAUAUACACUACAAGUAUGUGGGCACCCAACUCUAGUUGAAGAAAUUUAUACUUUUGCUUCUGUGAAGUAUUUCCAGGUCGCUCUCCGGGACGUGAUGAAAUGUGAUAAAUAACAGGCAACAUUUCCCGUUUUAAAUGGUUAGGCAGAGCAAGGUGUCACCAAAUAGUGAUAUGCCAAAGCACAUCUCAGGAUUUCAUCCUUUGCAUUCUGAGUAUUGAUGAAAUAGACAGGAAACAAGUUUUCCAAUGUCCCGGCCUGAGGUUGAUGUCUUCCCCCUGCACCAUACUCACAUCCGUGGAUGUUUAUCUGACCCAGUUUUGGGAUUAAAGUUAACGUUAAUCUGCUGUAAUACGCAUGGAUACUUUGAAGAUCAUAUUUUAUCUUCCUAUUCUAAAAUUCAAUUUAAUAUAUGGACCAGAGUCCUGGACCAGACAGAUAUUUUUCCUUUUUUUUUUUUUAGCAUUUUCAAACAAAGUCAAGCUUUUAUUUCAGUAAAAUUAUUGUGGAUAAUCAGGUUUUAAAAAGCGAAAAGUCGAAAAAAAAAAUGACAGUCAAGAUUUUUUACAUAUAAAAUCGGUGAGUCCUUUUCCGUGUGUGUGUCCACCUGUAGACCUGGAUAAUCCCAUUUAGCAGAUUAGCGUAAGCAUGAUAGAGGGAGAAGGAGAAGAAGAGAGUAAACACAGACAAGGAAACCAUUUGUGGUUGUCAGUCGCCCUGGAUCUGGACUCAGGUCUGUGGAACUUUGAGAGUGAGGGGUUUUUGAUUCCGAGACCAUUAUUGUGAAAGGAUGAAAGGAGGAUACCUCUAAGAAGCCAAAUCUCUAUGCCGACAACAUCUUUGGAAGCUAAUUUUUUACAAAUUUGCAAAAUCUAAAAGACUGCUAUUUUGGUUGUUUCCUCGAUUUUUGUUGUUUCAAACCAAACUUUAUUAUGUUUGAUGAAAAAUCAUGUAACAUUUGACCACAUCACAGACGUUUGGCUUUCUCCAACUUUGUCAUGUAAAGCCAGACAUUUAUUUUGAAGGAAUGUUGUUAACAUAGUAUGAUUACUAUUAUUUUAGAUUUUUAGAUUACUUCUAUUUUUUUAACAGAACCAAAGUCUUGUAGAAGACGUUAUCCCUUCUUUAUAAAGCUGUGCUUUGAAUCCGUCAAAACUUUCAGCAUGAAAAAUUGGAUCAGGAAGGAAGCAGUCAUAUUGUGCUGACGUGUCUUUAAUCAUUGAUUGGUCAGCACUAGGAACUGUUAGCCAACAUGGAAUGUCUGGGUGGAGAGGGGACAGGGCCUGGUCUCACAUCACGCUGCUGGAACGCCAUACCUGAUGAAGAACUGGAAGAGCUCCUCCCCCGAAAGAUGUCCACCUUGCAGCCAAAGAGCAGUGGCAGUCUGCGGCGCCGUUUGCUCAGUGCCAAACUCCACCAGAACUGCAAUGCCGUUUGGAGGACGAAUAUGGGCAGCGUCAAUACUUACAACAAAGCCGAGUGUCCUGUGGGUGACAUGAAGCCCCUUCUAUCUCAGCAUCAUCACUCAGUAAACACUGGCAGCCUUUGGCAGCGUAGCCAGCAUUUACCAUCUCGCCCCUACAUUUACCCUUCCUGUGACCCAGAGACUCUUGGGAAACCAUUUCUGGCCCCGGAGGUUGAUGAGAAACCUUCUUUUCCUUUUCAGUCUCUACAAAUUCAGCUCCAACAUUCUGGCCAUCCUGUCAUCUCUCAGGGGUACAGUCCAAACUCAUUUCGGCCAGAGUCAUGCCCUUUGCCCCCUUUGAGGGAGCCACAGAGGCCACGGUACCAGUACCAGUCCAGCAGGAGGUACAGGUUUAGCAUCAAACAAUGGAGGAAGAGAAGAAACGCUGGACAGGAAGUCACACAGACCACCCCUCUUCUACCUAAAGGUAUGAUGUUAAAUCUCAUCCAAACUGCUAACAUUGAUGAUCCGCUUGAAUACACAUGAACCUUGUGCAGUUUGAUGACGUGCAAAGCUCUUACAAAGUAUUAGAUUGGUUGCCCAGCACCAAUACUGCUAUUGGUACAACCCUAAAAGAAGUGCACUGCUCUGGAGUCAGGAUUAGAGACAGAUUAAUGAAAGGGUAAGAGUUAAGUUUAGAGGUAUAUUUUUUUAUUUUUAAUGUUGGGGUAAAGGGGACAACUAAAUACAUUGUGUCUCUGUGAAGUACUGAAAAACUGUGUGUGUGUGUGUGUGUGUGUGUUAACAGGGAUUAGCUGUACCUCCAUAUGCUACACUAAUGGCCAAUACCUGAAAUAUAAACAAGGCUGACCAGCUGUCACAUAUUAGCUCCAGCUCUUACCUGUUUCUCAGAACUCUAACUGACGUAUAUCCAUUACCCAAUUAAAAACAAAUGCUAUUUCUUAGCUAGAUUUGCUGUCUGUUAGCUGCUACAGCUCAGGUUUCCCUCAUUCAAAUGGUGGAUGUUGACAACAGGGCUAUCUUUGAUGGAAUGACAGGAAGUAGUAUUGUAGAUUGACAAAUGAUGUCAUGUGUGUGUGUGACCUACUUUCUUUUUAAGGAUCAAACUAAUUAAAAGGGAGGAAGAAAGUAGAAUAAUUAGCUGCUCCGGUGGCCCAUAUCCACAACCCACAUCGGACUGGAACUGACCCACUUUGUUCAAAAAGGUGGUCCUUGUUCCUGGUACUAGUUUGUGUGGUGGAAACUGAAGCAGGUGCUUGUACUGUUCUUGUGUUGUCCUUGAAAGACGUAGUUUCUUCUACUUGCUAUGACAGAGGGUGUACAUGCAGUUGCUGCCUCGAGGUCACUGUUCUUUUUUGCAGUGAAAACCUUCAGUGACAUGUUCACAAACUGAUCAUUGUUUUCACCAUCACUGACUUAAAACACGUAGAGAAUAUAUUUUAGCUCACGCAGGGACACAGGGGCUGCUGGUCUGGUGGAGGUAAAUUAGAACAUAGGACAUAGAAUUUCGCAACAUGACAUCUUUGAACACAGUCGUUGAGGCAGCAGUGGAUCAAACACUGCAGUGUCUGCGAGCUAACAUGAAUUUCACUAUUGACUUUGGUCUGGGUCUUUUUCCCGUGCGCCAAAAUCUAUUGCUUUUGGGUGCUUGUUGCAGUGUUUGUGGAUAACCUUCAUCACCUCAUCACACUCACACGCACGUUGGCUUUCUGCCAACUGUGUGUGUCUGAGAGACUAGGAGUGAAAGGGCGAGAGACCUAGAGAUUGAACAGUCGGAAGAAAGAGAGGGAGAGUGGGAGGAGAGUGAUAUUGCAGUGAGUGGAGCUGCAAUGCUGCUGCUGCUCACUCGCCCUACACACACACACACACACUCCCUCGCUGUCUGCUGCAGCAUUAGGAGUGUGUAUGUGUGAGUGUGUGUGGAGUCAUCAUGGUUUUAAUCGGAGCUGCGAUCAAAUCUGUUCUGCAGUACUUCAGUAAGACUAGAGCAACAGGCGACAGUAAAUGGUCGGUCCACUUCACUACCCAGAAGCAGAACCAGGAUCUGGUCUUUGUACCUGCAAAGAGACGAUCUGGCAGCGCAGAAGACCUGAGUGUGUGUAACAGUCUGCUGACUCAAGAACAUGUCUCUGUGGAAGCACACCUCCACCAACCAGGCUCCACCCACUCUCCCUCCUCAUACGGCCUUCUGGACCAGUCAGAAGGCACAAGCAGCAACAUCAGCUGGAAAAAUAGAAGCAGAAAAAUGUCUUCUACGUCUUCGCACAAGGACGAACAGUUCUUCCUAAACCACGUCCGACCAAUGACUCCUUUGGUCCUGAACCCAGUUCACCUCAACAGCAGCUGGGACGACUUUGUACCUGCCGAGAAACUGGCAGGUAACCUGGAGGUGGAACCAAACUCUCGACUCCCAACCCCAGAGGAGAAAACGAGAUGGCAGUCGGAGGCAGUUCCUAGUGAUAUCGUACCGAUCAAUAUCACUGGUGAGAGUUUUGAUCGUCAGGCAAGUUUCAAGAGAACCUGCUCCAAUGUGGACUCUAUGACUCGCCAUCCCUCUAAACUCAUUCGCCACAAGACAGUGAAUGAGACUCCUGAAACCAUUAACAGGAAGCCAGCUUUUCCAGAUCCAUCCUUAGGUGGUCCUGGUCAGCUCUCUGUAGUAGUACAACCUUUUCCCUCCUGCACCUCCUUAGAUCAACAAAAAGAGGAAGAGAAGACCGAAAUCAUGAAACUCGAGCAGUUAUCAAAAGGGAAGAUUCAAGCACCAAAGCAGGAAGUGAUGUUGAGCAGUUACAGACACCAUUCACUGCAUCUUGACCUGUCUACAAGAGUCCUACCACAACUAAUUUCAUCUUCUUUACCUUCUACUCCAAGCCACAGCCUGGGACCAGAAAGGCCUCUUUCCCACUAUUCCUGCUCCCUUACAUCAAUCCCAGUCUUAGAAUCUCACUUUGAUCACCAGUCUUCCAAUGGACUGACUCCAUAUCACCAACACCAGGAUAAUGCUGAAGGGUGGAGCUACAGACCCUUUUCUCAAAGCUCAAGUGUCCAAAGUGAUUGCACUGGGCAGAAGUGGAAGGAAGGUUGCAAACCCCUUCUGUCUUCUGGUCACUCCUCACCAGCAUACCCUGAUACCACUUCUCUGUAUUCAGGUAGGACUACCUCCUCUAAAUCACUACAUCAGGUGAAAAGGACCUCCUCAUCCUCAUCCCACUCCUAUACUGGGAGAAUAUCCCUCCGUAAGUCUAAGCGCCCGCCUCCUCUACCUUUACGUUCAGAUUCUCUAAGGCGCCGGCCAGGUUGUAGUAAAUCUUCACUUACCUCCUCCAGUACCCGUCAGGAGCCUAAUACAUCUCCUCAUGACAUUUGUCUUGAUCCUUGGGUUCCUCGUGGAAAUGCCAAAAUACACCAGAGUGGCAUGACCUGCACAACAAACGUAGCCUUUGAGUCCUCAGACCUUGAGGCAACACCAACUGAUGAGGUGGAGAUGCUGACAUUUAUUCACACAUCUACCAGCAACUCCUCUGAUCUACCACACCUUGCAUCUCCUUCUAGUGGCUACUCAAGUGACUCCAACACCCCCUUAACUGGAACUCCCUUGUCCUCCCCUCUUACUCCUCCCUUCUCUAUUACACCAUCUCCAGGAGUUUUCUCCCAUCAACCCCCAUCCCCCCUUACCUCACCAAACAUAUCUAACCCUCCUGUGUCGCUUCCAUUUACCUUACUGCACAGGAAGAACUCUUGGACUGAAGGAAAACAAAAACCACCAGUUCCAGAGAGGAAAUCAUCACUUGUCUCCUCCCACUCCUCUACCACCUCUCUAUCCUCCAGUAUGUCUCCAGAAUACUCUUGUAAGGGCACUCUUCUUCUUUUGCCAUCUGCACCUGCUUCUCCUCCAAUACCAGAGCGUAGCUCCUCUGAAAAGGCUUUAAUCCCCUGUACCUACAAUCAGGCUCCACCUGAUCCUAUUGAUCCCUUCCUGGUGUCUUCUUCUUUUAUUGAACUUUCUGUUGCUUCUACCAGCACUACUUUUUCUCACCUUUUCACUUCAUUAUCCCCUACACAACCUUCAUGCCCAUCUACCAUUUCUCCUUCUGUCAAACUCUCUUUAGCUCCUCCUGCACCACCUUCUCCUCUUCCUUCACCCUGGCAACUUGCUUCUGCUACGUAUGACCAACUCAAUGGAGCCCAAUCUUUACCACCAUUUUCUCUUCCACGCACAACAUCAUCUCCUCCAUCCUCUGCCAAACUUUCUGAAAUGUCUUUUCAGCCAUCUCCUUUUCUUUCUUACUCCAGCAAACCUGUUCCUCCUAUUUCUGGACCUUCUGUAGCUCCUCUUGUUACUUAUUCUACUACGUUGCAGGAACUUGUAGCCCCUCAUCAAACAAUUCCACCGAUAUCUCUCUCAUGCAUGCCUGAAGCUUCAUCUCUGUCUUCAGCUGGACCUUUACUUCCCCCUCUUCCACUACCUCCACCUCUUCCUCCAUUGUUUCUGCCGAUGGCAUGUUCUCCUUCUUCUGCCAAAGUCUCUGUAUCUCCUCCUCCACCACCUCCUCUUCCUCGUCCCUGCUUACCAAUCUCUACCACCCUCUCCUUCUCUGCAACUCCUUUUCCACCACCUCUAUCUCCUUCUCCUUUGUUCCUUCACAUGUCUCCCCUUUCGUCUGCUAAACUGUCUGGAGAUCUUUCUCCACAACAUCUAUCUCUUACUCCACUACCUUCCUCUCCUCAAACUUCUCCCUCUGCUCCCUCUUCCAACAUUUCUACACCUUGUCCUUUUCCUCCUUUAUGCCCGACUACAGCUCUUAGUCAUUGUUCUACCAAACUCUCUGAACUAUCUUUGCAUCCAUCUCUACGUCUUUCUUUAACUGCUCCACCACUUCCACCACCUCCUCCUUUACCAUUUUCUUUUCGCCCUUCUCCUCCUCCUUACUCAUAUGCUGUCAGACAGAGUCCCCGUAAUUCCAUUGUUUUAGAACAGGUAAUUUCUGGUGAAAAAAUGAAAGGACUUCUGGCUACCAACUGUGUUUCAAGAGACAUUAAUCCGAAUGACCUUUCUAAUAUUGAUGUUAAGAUAGGUCAAGUUAAUGUUGGUCCCCUCGUUUCAGAUCAGUUUCAAACUAAACACAAAGCAGAUGAAAAGAAUCCUUGCUCUGCUAACAGGAAUACAAGUAUAACCAUUUUAGUGUCAAAAGAAAACCUUAUUAUCUCUGAUCCUGAUUGCCCAAGGGUGAAAAUGUCAUCCGACAAAGAACAUUUUGAUGAACCAUGUCUCCAGGAAGAACAAGAAAUUAAACUAUCUGCAGAGGAACCACAAAAUCCAGAACUUUUUUGCUUGGCAAUGUCUUUAGACUGCACAAUCUCAGCAUCAAAUCAAAACAAUCUCCAAGGAAAAGAGAAAGAAAUUAAAAACCUGUCAGAGAGAAACCAUAGUGUAGCUAGUUUAAAAGAGUACCCGAAAGAAACGACAAGUCAUCCAGUCAAUCCUAGGUUUCCACAGAAGCCAGUCUUGCCCAAAAAACCUGAUCUUUGCAUUCUUGGGCUUAGCUCAUCUCCUAAAGCCAAACCAGAACCUAGAGAAAAGAAACCUACAGAUGUGGCCACAAUAUCCUGUUCUGGGCUUCAAGCAUCAUACCUUGAUUCUACAAAACAGACAUCAGUACACUUAACAGAUAGCACCUAUGGGUCACUGGUUGGAUCCAUUAAGUUGGAGAAGUCACCAGUGCUGCACAAGAAGCCAAACUUAAACCUACCAAAGGAGCUUUUUAGGCCUAAGAAUAUUCUUGAAGAUUCCGAGAGUAUAUUUGAGACUACAACAGGAAAAAUCAUAGGCACCAAUAGCACCUUGGAGGACUGCUUUAUCUCAGAGGCUUUAAGCACCCGUAGCAGUUCAUGGAACAUCAAUGCCAUAUCUCGACCCUGGAAAUCCAUGGAAAAUUUAAGCACCCUAGUGAACUCAGGGACCCAUGACAGUGACACCCAAAUAACAGUAACAGGCCCAAGUAGAACAUGGAACACACAAGAAACAUCACUGCUAAAUUGUGACCCGAAUACUAUGACUGAAACCAUGUGCACAGAGCCUUUGGAGAAUUCAAGCAUCUUAGGAAACUUGAAGGCACCUGGGAGCAGUACCCAGACCAACUGUGGUUCGUUGAUCAAGGAUGAAGAAGAAAACAAGAAGAUGGAAAAAAGACAGACUCCCAUGAUGAUCCCAAUGAAUUCAUCUGAAAAGAAAAAAGCCAGGAAGAAGAGAAAGAUGCGGGUGAAGAGGCAACUCCUAAUGAUGUCAUCAACUUUUGAAGCCUUCCCCUCGUCUUUAUCACCAUGCUCUUCUUCAGGAGAAGAACGUGAUGUAACUAAAAAUGGAACUGAUCAGACAGAAGACGUUGCAGUCACAUUCACUCCACAGAUGAGUGACUCUGAAGUGUCCUGCACUGAUCAGACCCAGUCCUGCCUCAGCAGUGCGCUGUCCACAGAUAGACUUUCAGAGGAUCUGUCAGUUCCAGACCUACUGAUUCAUGAAGAAGAGCCAGAAGAGGAGGAAAGAGAAGUUGGUUGGAAUCCAGACGACAACCAAUUUGUCAGUAUCUCAGCUGAUCAGAUGUUUGAUUCUGGUAAACCACGAACCACGGAGGAUCUGUUUGUCGCCAUCCACAGGUCCAAAAGGAGGAUGCUAGGAAGAGGAGAUUCCUUCUCUGCUUCUUCUUGUUCAUCCUUCUCUUCCCCGAGCAUCCCAAAUGAAUAUACACCUCAUUUUCAAGACAUAGUUCCCAAGAAGUCCAUGACGAGUGACAGCUUCAAGGCGCUUCUGCUGAGGAAAGGUAGUCGUUCGGACAUAUCGUCACGAAUAUCUGCUGUAGAGCGGCUUUGCAAAGCUGCUCCUUAUGCAAAUGUCAACAAUGGCGGGAAGAGUACAUCGUUGUUGCAAAGGCCACUAGAGCCAUUCCAAGAAGAACUCUUGAUCUCCUCAUUUACUCUGAACAAACUCAACCCAGCUCUGGAAACAUCAGUGUCUGCAAAUUCUCCAAGAUUUUCUUGGAUAUUAGGACAAAGAUAUCACGGAAAGACUUCCUCCUUGUCCUCCCCGUUCAUCUUUUUCUCCUCCUCCGGCCGACCUCGCUCCCUUACUCCUCCCUGCUCCAGCAGCCGGCACUUUGCUGCUCGUUGCCGCCUUCACGCUGCACCAAUGACAGCCAUAUUUGAAGGGAGAAAUGAAGAAGAGGAAGAAGAGGGGGAUGUCAUUCCUACAGAAACAUGUGAUGGAGAAGUCAGACAGUGCUUGGUGGAGAUUUCCAAAUGGGAACAGUAGGAUUUUAUAGGAAGUGGAUCUGCUCUGUGAUGUCUCAUCUUCUCAUCUCAUCAAAGUGUUGUUGUGCAUCAUCUUGCCAUGCCAUCAGUUUUACAGUUAGGUGGGUUUUUUUUUUUUCAAACUCUGGCAACUGGACGUAGUAGGUUAGUAGGUGGAGCUACUAACACAAAAUAUCAUGUGUGAUGUGUAAAUCAGUUUGAAUCAUAAAACCACCAAACCUGGUUUAACACAGCCUACGCGCUUUAGCAUCAAUCCUACCGUGUCAGGAGGAUCAGAAUCACUGCUAGUCCAAAUAUUUUCGCCCUCAUCCAUACUGACUAUUAAAGUUUUGGGCUAGUAAAUAAAAAAAUAUUCUUAUUCAUUACUCAUUGUCUGCCCAGGUGAAAAACUUUACAAGUGAGAUCAACAAAAUGGGUUCUCAUAAAAAUCAGCUGUGUCGACAGCAAAUGCGGCCUUUACUGGCUGCCACAUUUUUGUUAUUUUUGUAGAGAUUCCUUCAAGAUCACCUUGUCUUGGUAAAUGUUUGAUCCUUAUGUAGAGCACAAUCUACAUACAGGUCACUUUCAGAUGCUCCCAAUUUAUCUUCUUAUAUAGCUACACAAAGAUUUACCUCAAACUGUUCGCAAUUUCAUCUUUUAUUGUUUGGAUGCAUUCAUCCAUUUUGCUUAAAGCUAAUUCACUUUUGUUUUAUACAAUUUUCUCAUUGUUAUUGUUAGGAGUGUUAGACCAUUAAGUCAAUGCAAUUGCAUUGAAAGUAAACUUUUAAUCUCCCAAAAUGUAUGCAGACGCAGACGAGUCAUGAUAACUGUAGCACAUUAUUUAUUUAGCUGUAUAUGCGCCUUGAUAAUCCUUAAUUCUGAAGCAAUCUAUUAGGAGUAAAAUAAAAUCAAGAUUUUGAAUUUUUUAGGAAAUUGCAGUAAAUACUCACUGUGCUAGAUACAGAUUGGUGAAAGUAUAGGUUGUUAAAAAUGCUGUGAUAUAUAAAUAGAAAAAGUUUAUACAUUCAAAAAAUAAAGAAUAACUUCUAACUAAUAAACAAUACUCGCUUGUUUGUUUUUGUUCCAUAUGACCGUUAGACCUCAUCUUCAUUUAAUUUGAUAAAGCUGGACGUCCAACAGUGGAUGGUAAUUUUACAAACACGCUCUUUCUUUCACAUUUGCUCAGAUUGACCUCGGUGACGUGAACUGACAACAGGAGGCAGCAGCUGAUAAACAGCUUUUAUCUUCCUUUGAGCUAAAAUCACUAAUUUUAUGGUUGUUCUCUAGGGCCAUGGUGUGGAAGAGUGAACCAAUAGAAAAAAUGUGUUAACAAGUGUCUGUAAACGUUGCCUUGUUUCUGCACUGGCUGCAGUAUGACUUCGUAGCCACAGAGUGGUGUCGAUGUUUCUGUCCCCUCAUCUGGUCUGACUUAGUAUCUGGUGUCUGCUGUCAGACGUGACCAAAUGGAAUUUAAAAUUGUGUUUUGGUCUUCAAACUUUUUUUUCACGUUCAUAUAGAUAGAAAAUUAG